AUGAAAGCGAUACUCGUUGACCGCUUCAUGACAGAUGUUGCGAGCGUACAACCCAGAAAUGUAGCAACGCCCGAACCACGGCCACCCAAACAACUACACAUCAAGAUUACACAUGCGGCAGUUACACAUGUUGACAUUCUAUAUGCCCAAGGCCUGCACCAGAACAACAAGCGGCACGUGCAACCGCCCUUCAUUCUAGGUACUGAGUUCUCUGGCAUUGUCACUGCAGCCCCACGCACAUCACUUUUCAAGCCCGGCGCACGCGUCUUGGGCGGCGGUCUCGGCUCUUUCGCAGAGGAAAUCUGCGUUGACGAAGCGAGUGUGCGCCUUGUGCCAGACCAGUGGACUAACGCUGAGGCCUGUGCGGUCGGUGCAAGUGGCGCUGUAAGCUAUGGUGCUCUUGUUAGUGUCGCGCAAGUGAAGGCCGGUGAGACGGUAUUGGUGCUGGGUGCGAGCGGAGGCUUGGGUGUUAUGGCAAUACAGAUUGCGAAAGCGCUUGGAGCCCAGGUGAUUGCUGUUGUUGGAGAUGCGGAAAAGGGCGAGGUGGUGAAAAGAAUCGGUGCGGACGCUGCUGUCAAUUAUCAUGAUGCGAAAUGGGAAGAGAAGGUCAAAGACCUGACACCUGGCAAGCAAGGCGUGGAGGUAGUGUACGAUGCGAUCGGUGCGGUAGAGAGCGGAAUUCAAUGCCUGAAAUACAGAGGCAGACUUGUCGUCGUAGGGUUUGCAGCGAGGGGCGGCAAGAUGGAGAGCAUCCGGGCGAAUCGCAUUCUGUUGAAGAGCGCCAUGGUGCAUGGCUAUCGAUUUGGUGAGGACGGAAGACAUGAUCCGCAAAGGACGAAAGACGUUUGGGACGGCUUCAUGAGGUUGGCCGACGACGGCAAGAUACAGCCAGUCAUCUAUAAGGAGGACUACUGGGGGCUCGAGGCUGUAUCGCGGGCGCUGGCAGAUGCACAGAAGCGCAAGGCUUGGGGGAGGGCCGUUGUGAGGAUCAACGAGGAGGCGGAGAAGGAAUUGCAGAAGCGGAAAGCGAGGCUGUAG